AGAAUUCUCUCCAUAUGUCCAUCACUCCCGGCUCAGAGACACUUGUAGCUAUACACAACCAGAAAGGCACCAGCUUUUGUCUCAAAAAUGCACGUCAAGAUCCUAAAGAAGCCCAUGAUUCCCAGGCUAAAGAUGUCUGCUUCGCCGAGGCACAGAGCUUUCCAUCCUCUGCGUCUUCAUAGUUUCUCCAUGAAGCUUCCACCUUCUCUCUUCAGCUCCAUGAAGAUGAAAACCCUCCUCCACACUCUCCUCAGUCACCUCCCAAGGCUCGCCAUCUGGAAGCCCUCGCUUCUUGAGAUCUUCCCAAGGAAAGAGCUUUAUCUUGACAUCAUGAUGAAUAUGCAAGCUUCACUCUCCAAAGCCUUGAUCAACACCAACACCCUCAUACACACUCUCAUCUUCCCAUACUUGAGGAUGGUCAUUCGCAGUCUCAUACCAAAAGCCAAGUCCUUCGCGGUUACAAUUGUGAAGGCUAAAAGACACCUUGCGGUUCACUCGCUCAAGUUUCCUGGGCUCAAGCGCAACAAGAAGAAAAGCCUCUAUGGCUAUGGUGGUUCAUACAGGUUCUACUUCAACUGGUCUUCGAGGUCGCACGUCUUGCCUGCACCGGCUGCUGUUCUCGCCGGGUGUUACUCGAGCCGGCGUUUGUACUGUGACUUGGCAAGGAACAGUUCAGGCGCUUUGUACGGAGGUCACCAUCAAUGCGAGGAAGAAAUUACCGGAGAGACAGAGUUGUCGAGGUACCUUCAGUGGCUGGAAGGGAAGGUUUUUGAAGAUUCUGGUGAUGGUAAUGAUAAUAGCAUUAAUAAUAUUGACAAUCUAGCUGAGAUGUUCAUUGAGGUGGGUCACGAGAAGUUCAUACUGGAGAAGCAGGAGUCUGACAGGAGUUUCCAAGAAAUGAUGGCUAGGAGCCUCUAGAUUGUCUUUAUAAAUCGAGGUCUGUAGUUUCUUUUUCUUUUUCUUUUUCUUUUUGUCUGGUGAGUUGGCUUUGGUGGAGAGGGCUUGUGUAUAUGUCAAGAUGCAAAUCUUGUUGCCCAGGUUUGAUCCUAUGUAUAGACCGAGAGGAUAGAUGGAGGCGUGGUGCCCAUCAUCAUUUUGUUCUUUCUUUUCUUCGGUAUCAUGUCGAACACUAUCUUCGAAUCAAGGUCUUACGUGCAUAAAUGCAAACUGAGUUCACCUCUC